AUGUCUUUCGAUACGGAGGUUCUCAUCAUAGGUGCCGGCAUGAGUGGCCUGGGCCUCGCUGUCCAAAUUAUUCGCAAGUACGGUCUGCGUAACUUUGAGCUCAUUGAGAAGAGUGACGAUGUCGGUGGCACUUGGUUGGCAAACACAUAUCCAGGCUGUGGAUGCGAUGUUGCCUCACACUUCUACUCCUACAGCUUCGCGCUGAACCCAGAUUGGUCGAGAAAAUACUCCAUGCGUCCUGAGAUUCAAGCCUACUUCCGCUCUGUGGCCGAGCAGUACAAGAUCGUGGAUCACGUCCGCUUCCAUUCCAUAGUGGAGAAAGCAGCUUGGAACGAUUUCGACAACGUCUGGGAGGUAUCUAUCUUGAACCUUCAAACCAAAGAACGGACGACGCGUCGAGCGAAGAUACUUGUCUCGGGUGUGGGCUCACUCUCAGUGCCUAAGAAAUGCGAUCUGCCCGGGGUGGAGACGUAUCAGGGCAAACUGUUUCAUUCUGCGCAGUGGGACCACAGUUUCGACUGGAAGGACAAAGAUGUCGUCGUACUUGGCAAUGGCUGCUCAGCAACUCAAUUUGUUCCUAUCCUGGCCAACGAGCCCAAUCCCGUGCGUAAACUUACACAGUUCGGAAGACAAGCGCAAUACCUUGCAGAGCGCCAGAACCCAUACUAUUCGAAUACCUUCAAAGCCGUGAUGCGCUACGUACCCCUAGCAAUGCGCCUCUACCGUGCGAAAUUCUACUACGACAUGGAGCGCGACUGGAGUGGUUUUGACAUUGAGACCGGGCGCAGCAUCCGCCAAAACCUGGCCAAGGAGAAUGAAGCAUACGUAAAGAGCAUGGCCCCGCCGAAGUAUUGGAGCGCGCUCAUUCCAAAGACCGAAAUCGGGUGCAAGCGGAAGGUGUUGGACACAGACUAUCUGAAGACCCUAUGGAGAGAUAACAUUGAGCUGGUUGCCGACGAUCCAGUGGAAAGAAUCACCGAUGAUGGCGUGGUAACAAAGAGCGGUCGCGAGGUGAAGGCAGAUGCCAUCAUGCUUGCCACCGGCUUUGCAACACAGCAGAUGCUUUGUCCGAUGGAGAUUGCUGGGCGUGACGGACUGCGCCUGAACGAAUACUGGGAUAAAACCUCACAAGGCGUCGCGCAAGCUUACUUCGGUACGGUGGUCCCACAAUUCCCGAACUUCUUCAUCCUUAUGGGGCCAAAUACCGUCACCGGCCAUCUCAGUGUCAUCUACACCGUUGAGUGCCAGAUCAACUUCACUCUCCGGCUGCUAGAGCCCAUCUUCAAGUCACUGCCAUCAUAUCGGUCGCAAUCAUUCAUUCCUCAAAUGCUUUCACCACCACCGGCGACCGUAGAGGUCAAGCCGGAGGCUGCGGUCGCGGACUCGCAAUGGACACAAAAAGCAGCAAGCAAGCUGGUCUGGAACUCAGGUUGUGUAAAUUGGGCUGUAGAUCCGAAGACAGGUCUUAAUAAUAUGAUGUACCCUGACUGGCAAUUCCUUUAUUGGCUCAGGAGCAUCUUUUGGAAGAAGGGUGACUUCGUUUAUCGGAACGAAAAGACGGGCGAAGAAUUUCGACCGGGUACUACCAAAACUAUCCUCUGGCUGGCUACUGCAGGAGCACUUGCUGGCGGUGCCUUUUUCGGACGGGAUUGGAUCCAAGAUGAACUGCCUCGCCGGCUAAGGAACUUCGACGCGAGGACAUUGAUACCUCCUGAGAUGUCUCCAAAGACUCUCCUCCCAGAUUUCGCAGUGGCGGUCAGCCAGAUGGCUGUUGAAGCUGCAACCACAGCCUACCCGACCGACUACAUCGUCGAGCACAUCCUCAAGCUCAGUAACUACCUCAUCAACCUUGCGGGAACCUGCAACCUCUUUGGCAAGCCCGAACUCGACAUCUACAGCCCCAGUCUCAGCACUCUGUUCGACCGCCUGCAGAAGAAGCAGGUUGGCCCAAGCCUGUUGCCUCACGGCUUUCUCACUGCCGAGCGCAUUCACGGACGCAUCUACGAGCGUGCGGACGAAGAGGCCACCGACCGCCCUCUCGCCGACUACGAGGACAUAUACUAUGCGCUCGUCGCACGCAUGCAGGAGAUGCAUCAGUUGUUGAACCUCCGCAUCGACAGUGGCUUCAACGUUGCGUCUGAGGACAUCUCUGAAGGCGGCCCCAGCAUCGCCGAGCUUCAUGACAGUCUGUCUGAGUACUGGAACGUCCUAAACAACCCAUCAUGCGGCAAAGCGCUCGACGAUGCGAUCCGCGAAGCAAGGCUCGAGUCGCUCCGGCACGAAUUGGUUCACCAAGUCAGGGAAAAGAACAUGGAAGCAGAGGAGGCGCAUGAGCAGUUGUCGCAGCUCUACAGCUCUGAUGUCUACAACGGAAUCCUCGGGCUCAACUUUGUCCAGGACUGGGCGCCGCCCAUGAUCGGUGCUUACUUGGAGUCGAAGUACCGCCGCAUGCUCGACUUGGAGAAAGAAGAAGCUGUCGUCAAGGCCAGGCUGUCGCGCCGCCAAGCCAAGAUGAAGACGCUGCGCGAGGCCCUCACCGCCAAGUCUGCUGAAGAGAAGCUCAUUGCACGACGUCACGCCCGCAACAACGCGCGCCGGGCUGCUCCCAUAUGCGACGUCGACUACGAAGUCAGUCGCCCCACAAAAGCCACGCCCGUCGGAUCCGAAGACGCCACCAACAACAACAACAACAUGUACCACUUCACAGGCAAAGCAUCGAUGCAGCACUCCCCCGAACACCAAGCUCAGAUCCAUCCCGGUCACCACUACGAAGAGCACACGGCUGCCUACUACAACCAGCCCAUUGAGGAUAUCAUUGCUCACCAGGAGAUGCUCAAGGCAGCUGCUCAGUGGCAGAUCAAGGAACAGCGCGUGUCAGAGUACAGCGAGUACCUCCGCGCUCGCGCUAGCCAGGGUGCUCAGCACAGGGUUGAGGCUAGUCAGAGCUCCGUGUCGUCGGGCAGUUCCUUCGGUCCUCCUCCUCCUGGUUAUGUUCUCGGCCCUUUUCAUCACCCGGAUAUGGAUUACAGUCAGUAUGAGAAGUUUUGA